GUGAGCAUGGGCCGCGGCUGCCUUCUCCUAGACGCUGGUGAAUUGGAGGAAGUGACGAGGAGGGGACCGGACGGAGGCGCAGAAGCUUUGUGCACACCUGUGAGAAACGGUCCAGCAGCAGAUCCCAGCACUGCGGCGGCUCCAGGAGGAGGAGUAACCAUGAGCUCUCGCAGAGCCAACACAAGCUCUAAGCGGAAGAGGACGACUCCACAGAAGCUGAAGAGCCGCAAAGUGUUUGCCGUCUCUCGGAAUGAUUCAGCAGAGGAAAGCGAUGGAGAAGACCAGUCAGAAUUCCCCGAAACUCUGACCGACCGAGAAAAUGUGCCGAAGUCACCUGCUCAGACGCCAUCAAAGAAGGAAAGCCUGACGGAAACCCCGCAGAACAAAGAGAAUAUGCCCCAAAAAUAUCCCAGCAGCACAGCCUCCCCACAUAAGGGAAGAGGGCGGCCGAAGGGGAGCAAGAACAAGACCUUCCCUGUAUCCCCGACUAAGGUCUAUUCAGUCCGUGAGGGGAAAUCUCCAGGAUCUUCCCCCAAAAAAGAUAAACUGAAGACUCAAAAUGGAGUGGAGACCCCAAGCCGAGGCAGAGGGCGACCAAAGGGAAGCGUGAAGGUAAAACCCAUCGUUGAGGAUAUCCCAAAGAAAUCACGGGGAAGGCCAAAGGGAAGCAAAAACAGGAAGCCACCCAAGGCUGCCGUCGUGAAACGAUCACCUGGACUCCCAAAGGCGGGAAGAGGGAGACCACGGAAACUGCCAGUAAAGGAGGAAGGAGAGACCCCAAAACGAGGACGGGGGCGGCCGAAGGGAAGUUUAAAAAAAGUGCGAUCUGCUAAAAAGCCAGCUGUUUUAUCGGAAACCCAUGAAAUAAAAAAGCGGGGGCGUCCAAAGAAGAUUAGUUUGCACCAUAAAGAAGAAUCCCCCCUAACCCCAAAGCGUCCAAGAGGAAGACCAAAGAGCACCGGCAGCCGUGCUGCAGCACCAAGUGAUUUGUUUGACUCCAACAUGAAGGAGGAGGAUGACGAUCAAAAUGAGAAGGAUGAUGAGCAGGAGGAGAACGACGACUCUGAUGAAUAAACCAGCAGCUGUGGGAAGAAGUCUUCAAAGAACUGGAAAACAUUCUGGUGACCGGGACACAGCAGCAUGACCUUAGAUGCGGACGACGCGGCCGGGCAAUGUCUUUUGUAGUGACGGGGCAGUAUAAGGAUGUACAUUUUGAUGUGUAGUGAUGUUUUUUUCUUUACCUUGUGUGGGCAGCCUGACAUAUCCUUUUGGUUAACGUUGCUUUCCUGUAAUAGGCUGCCGAAAAAUUGUUUCUACCAAUGUGAAUUGUAACCAGGUAGAGUUCUGCUUUCUUCCCCCUUCCUUGCCAUAUUCUCUCUAAUUUAGUCAAGAUGGUCCUUUUAUUUUAUUAUUUUUAUUUUUUCUUCUUUCUUUCCUUCCUUCCGGUGACUAAAUGAGCUCCACUUCUUCCAUGUUCUGUUCUGAGGACGCUCGGGCCCAUUUACAACCUGAAGAACAGCACAAAAUACAGGUCGGAUGCAGUAAUUCAGGGGCCUGACGAUGCAGCACAUGCACCCUGCCUGGUACGGAUACGAGCCGCACACUGACGAAGGGGUGGACAGAACGGGGCCCAGUUUUUUAAAAUAAAUCCAGAGUGCUAGGACCCUAAAAAUUGGAAACCAUGCAAAGCUGAGAUCCUGUAAAGCAGGCAUGCUCAACGUGCGGCCCUCCAGCUGUUGCAAAACUACACCUCCCAGCAUGCCUGAAGAGCCUACAGCAGGGCAUUGUGGGAGUUGUAGUUUUACAACAGCUGGAGGGCCGCCGGUUGAGCAUGCCUGCUGUAACGGAAUGCAAGUCUUGAGAGAAGGUCAGGCAAAGCACAUCCAAGUGGCUGGAGGCUCCAACGGUUUUUAGUGUACAUACGAUGGAUCUCAACGCAUUUCGGGGGGGUCCAGCAGAGCUUCCUUGUGUGGACAGAAGCACCAAAUUUUUAUUUCUUUAUUUUAAUUGUAGGCGAGGUGGUAGACACUGCGUUUCAGGGUCCGCCAAAUAACAUUUUAGUAGUUUUAAUGUAAAGGAAAUGGGACACAACGCAUUUUGCAAUCUUUCAAAGGAUAGUGGAGUGGAUGUGGCAUGAGUAGUUUUUAUUGUAGGUGAAAUGAGGCCGAGUGCGUUUCAGGAUUUACUAAAGAACAGCCCAGUGGUUUUUAGUGUAAAUAAAUAGGAAGACGAUGCGUUUUGGGGUCAACUAAUAAAUUAAAGACUGGCUGGAGGCCCCAGUGCUUCUAAUUGUAAAUUAAUAGGGACAAAACGCGUUUCAUGGCCAGCUAAUAAAUUGUAGACCAGCUACAAGCUCCAGCAGCUCUUACUGUAAAGGAAUAGGAACACGAUGCGUUUCAGGAUAAACUAAUGAAUUGCUGACUGGCUGGAGGCCUCAGCAGUUCUUAGUGUAAUUGAAUAAGGAACACAAUGCAUUUUAGGAUCAGCUAAUGCAUUAUAGACGGGCUACAGGCCCCAGGGGGUCCUACUGUAAAUGAAUAGGAACAACGCGUUUCAGGGUCGGCUAAUGAAUUACUGACUGGCUGGAGGCCCCAGAGGUUCUUAGUGUAAAUGAAUGGGAACACAGCGCAUUUUAGGGUCAGCUAUUGAGUUAGUGACUGGCUGGAGCCAACAGUGGGUUUUAAUGUAACGUAAAGAGAACACAAUGAUUUUAGAGGGGUUGUCCAGAAUUUUAAGACUGAUGGUCUGUCCUUAGGAUAGGCCAUCAAUAUCUGAUUGGCGAGGCUCUGACACCCUGCACCCCCACUGAUCAGCUGUUUCCUUGGAGAGCUGCAUGGACCUGGUUACUGCCGCGCUGCCUCCAUUAAAGUUAUUGGAUGGAGCCUUGUAGUAGCGGCACUGAUUUCUAGAGCUAAUAGGCAACAGCUGAUCGGUGGUGGAGCAGGGUUUUGGAUGCUGACUAUCCGAUAUUAUUGAUUAGCCUAUCCUGAACAUAGGCCAGUAAUAUAAAAAAAACUAGACAACCUCUUCAAAGGAGGGGUUGGUUGUUCACCCCAAGGGGCUUUUUGGGCAGGCUUACCUGAUCCCCGCUGAUGGGUUCCAGCUCCUUUGCCAUGUUGUGGACUCGGGGAUCAGUUAAGUAUGAUUCCGGCCACACUGGGGGGACUGCCUGAAAGGUCCCCAGAGGUAAACGGCUCCUUUAGGGGUCAGCAGAGGAAUGAUUUUAAUGGAUGGGCAUCAGUGAUUUUUUAUUUUAGAUGAAGUAAGAUACAGUGCAUUCACUGGCUCAAGGCUUCUGUGCGUUCUGUUAUAAAGUGCUGUACGUUGUGUUUUGGGGUCGUCUCCAUGCCAAAAAGCAUUGCAGUAUAAUUUAUCUACAGUUUAUCCAGCCAUUUGAGUUUCCCAGACCCUCACCUAUAAUUUAUGGCAGACUUUUAACUAAAACUAGUGUAUGAAAAGCCAGUCUGCCAGUAAAUCUGCUCCAAGGCUUUUCACCAUUGCUUUACCACUUCUCCAAAAUCCGAUCUGCUCCAUUUCUUUCUUUAUUUUGGAAAUGACCCCCAUUGAGACUGCACUGAACAGAAGCAGGUACGAACGUUGCGGUCAAUACGUUAGACUGCAGAAGAGGGUGACGGUUGUAGAUCUUUCUUGAUUGGAUUACUAUGGUGGCAUCUAAUCUAGAUUGUAUACAAUUUUACUGUAUUGAACACAUUUUAGUAAAAAGAGGCAUUAAAUCUGAUGUAAGAAGUCCUCCUGGGUGGACAGCGGCUCUAGGAGGCGGCGAUACAUGUGCUCUAUAUAAUAUACAUGGCUCUGUAUGAAUUACUGCACUGGACACCGUGGUCUUCCUUCGUUUGUAAAUGACCCCAUGUGUCAGGCUAAAAAGAAAACUUCUUCACUUUCUGUUCUGUGCUUUUCAGUAAAGUGUAGUGUCUUGUAAUCUGUUUUACAAAAAUAAAAUGUCAAGUUAAUUUUU